GGCUCAGAAAGAAUAAAAAAUAGGGAUAGUUCGAUUAUAAAAAGAAAUCUAAAUAUUAAUUUUGUUAUAGUUGAACUGCAAAGUAUCUACAAUUAUGUUGAACAUGAUUUUUAUAAUCGCAACUUUUUCUGCUGGGCUUCUGAGUUGUAUAUCAAAUACAGAGGCUCAAUUAGAUAGUUAUUAUAAAUUAUCAAGAAAUGAAAUAAGAGAAAAAUGUAAAAAUAAUGCCGUAGAUUUAAAUGAAAUAAACGAAAUUUAUAAGGACGUAUAUAAUUUUUAUUUGGGAAAACAUGAAUUAUCAAUUGAGGAUGCUUUAAGUAAGACUGACGACAAUUGUAUGGGAGAUUUAAAUCUCACGAAUAUAAUUCAAAGUGGAUUAAAAGUUAUACAAAAUUGUCUUAAGGAUGAUAUUUCCCUAACAGAUGACGAUAUUAAAGUUUUAAUUAGUAAAAUUUUAAACAAAUUAUGUACUGCAACUCGACUUAAAUUGUACGAAAAUAGUCUUAGCAAUUGUAUGGAUAAGGAUUACGAAGUAAGGUGUCGAGAACAGUUAUAUAAAUCAGCAAAUGUUACAUAUGAUAUUUUAGAAAAUGCAAGAGUAUUUACUAAUAUAGGAUUGAAAUAUUCUCCGAAAGAACUAGAGAUAUUUGAUGGGUUGUUUUAUUGUUCAUCAACUAGAAUGUGUACUCAUGAACAGAGCCGUGCGCAUAUGAAAUUGACACUCAGUAUGAUGGCUCCAGUAUUAUCAGAAAAUUAAAUUUUUGAAAUGUACUACAAAAUUUACAUUAACAAAUUUAUAUAUAAUAAAUAAAUUUUAAUUGAAAAAAUGAA